AUGGGCAGCGGCGAGGAGGAUUAUAACUUUGUCUUCAAGGUCGUUCUGAUCGGGGAGUCCGGGGUGGGCAAAACCAACCUGCUCUCCCGCUUCACCCGCAACGAGUUCAACCACGACAGCCGCACCACCAUCGGUGUGGAGUUCUCCACCCGCACCAUCCUGGUGGGAGACGCCGUGGUGAAGGCUCAGAUCUGGGACACGGCCGGGCUGGAGCGGUACCGCGCCAUCACCUCUGCGUAUUACCGGGGGGCUGUGGGUGCCCUGGUUGUCUUUGACAUCACCAAGCACCAGACGUACGAUGUGGUGGACCGCUGGCUGAAGGAGCUGUAUGACCACGCCGAGGCCAGCAUCGUCGUCAUGCUGGUGGGGAACAAGACUGACCUCGCGCAGGCUCGGGAGGUUCCCAUGGAGGAGGCGAAAAUGUUUGCAGACAACAACGGGCUGCUGUUUGUCGAGACCUCAGCGCUGGAUUCCACCAACGUCGAGCAGGCGUUCGAGACCAUCCUGAAGGAGAUCUUCCACAAAGUGCAGAAGCAGAAGCAGAGGAGCAGCCAAACCAACACGGUGUCGCUUGCCAGCGAGAGCCCGGAGAGCACGGCCCCGGCGCAGACGGAGAAGCGCCCAUGCUGUGUCGCCCUCUGA